AUACAAUUGAUACAAGCCCGUAUCCGCGCGGAAGCUGUUCCUCCCGGCGGCGGAAGAGCGUCUCAUCGCUCCGCAACAGUCGGCGAUGACACCCCGUCCGCGUCCGGCGAAGGAUCCCUGGAGCCCACCACCCCGUCUCGCAUCGGCGCGGGCAGCUUCGCAUCCGUCUUCGCGCCCCCCGGCCGCGCCCUCGCGAUCCAAGUCGUCCACGUCCCGGGCCCGGCGCACGCCGCCCAGAUCGAGCACGAGUACCACGCGCUCCACGCCGUUCACGCCCGCUGCGGCCCCGACGCGCUGUUCGCGCUCCCGCCCGCGCUCGCCUUCUACGAUCGCGGAUCCACUGGGGCGCGGGGUUCGACGCGCGCGACGUCGAGUUCGGGAUGGGCGGCUCGCUUUGUGCCGCGACGGUCGAGCUGCACGUCAUCGACUUCAACCGGGUACUUUCCACCAGGGACGUUUUGGUACCGUACUCACUGUCGCGCGACGCUGCCCGCGGCUGGUGCCGGACGACCCGCUGCAGAAACUAUACGCGGCGUGUCGCUCUCCGUUGGGUGGGCGAGGACACCUGGAGAGGGACCGCUUGCGUCUGUGGGAGAUAGUCCGUCUGUGAUGACAUGGACGCUCGUCUCCUUCCCAAUGCAGCCACCGUCGACCCAGAACAGGCCACGGCGGGAUCCGAGCUGGGGCGGCCAGCCAGCCGCCAUCGAACCAGCCGCCAUCGAACCAGCCGCCAUCGAACCAGCCGCCAUCGAACCAGCCGCCAUCGAACCUCUUCAGACACCCGUCCCCGCACACGCCGCUCCCACCUUCCUUCUCUUCAUACUCUACGUCUCUUUAAUCACACCCAAGCACCAUGCCCACCCCGUCCCUGCCUCUCGCCGUGCUCCUCCUCGCCGUCGUCCCCGCCCUCGUGUCCGCCCUCCCCGUCGCCCCCGCCACCCUCGCCCUCGCAGCGAGUCCGAACGUCCUCGCCGCCCACUCCUCGCUGUCCUCCGCGAAGGCGCUCGACAGCGACCUGCAGAAGACGAGCCUGGCCCGCUCCGUCCUCGCCGUCCCCGCCCUCGCCCCGUCCUCUCGCGCUCUUCGCGGGCGCGCAGGCGACGCGCAGACCGCGGGCGGCAACGCCUUCAGCGGCGUCACGGGCGACGCGUCCGGCGGCAGCAUCACCAACUACGCCGCCGUCGGGGACGAGGCCCAGAACGCCCAGCAGCAAGCGGGCGUGGGCGGCACGUCCUACUCCGGGGACGCGCGAGGCGGCGCCAGCGUGCUCGCCAUGGGCCCGGGGGGGAACGCGUACACGGGCGACUCGGGGAACGCGCGGGGCGGGCGGGUCGUGAACGACGCCGAGAACGGGGCCGUUACCGGUAGCGGGACGAACACGGCGGGCGCGGGAGGGACGAGCGGGACGGGGAACGCGUACGGCGGGAAUGUGUACACCGGCUAGCCGGCUGGCAGACGCAGGGUCUUGUAGCUUGGGCGGAUGGCCGUUCGUCGUUCGUCGCGUGGCGAUGUCUCACAUACAGUCUAUGCAUUCACACUCGUUCACAUUGGCUCGAGAGCGAUUGGAUACGCGUCACAGCCCGGCCCGGGAUGCCCGCUCUCAGAUAACCUGAACCGAGGACUCCAAACAAGGUGCGGAGGGAUGCGUGGUGCAAUCGUCGUAGAUGCUCGACGUGUCGCGUCGACGCUCACAGCGUCCUCGAUUUCUCCCCUUGCGCUCAGGUCUCCUGUCCCAAACCUCGCAGAUUCAUCUAACGAAUCAUGAGCGUCCUCUGCUCUUCCUUUUCUCCCGUGGCGGGCACACCCGUACGUCGCUCUCCGUCUGCUGGGGCGGCGCUAUAAUCAGCAGGCCUGCGAGCGUUCGAACAUCUCCUGCCCCUGACACUCCUCGAUACUAGAGCUGGUCGCGAACGGAGCGAACGAGAGCGGGUGCGCUCUCAUCUCGUCGUGCCUCGGCGCACUGGUUUGCACGGGCAGUGAUACACUCUGCUGACCUCU